UCCUGCGUUUUCUACGGUCCAAACAAAACCUUGAGAACGUGAUAACUGGUAAAGAGAGCAGAGUUGUCACAUGACAGACCUACAUAUUCUUGAAAACUGAGGAAGAUGUCGGAUGCAUAUCCACCUUUUAAACUUGGAAAACCUCGUUAUGACCAGUCAACAUUUGAUGGCAGACUUCGACACUUUUUUGAUGUCAUAGAUCCUAGAACUCUAUUUACUUCAAAGGAAGAAUUACAGAGAAGUAUUAAACUCUUAGAUGACUUUGCAAAGAACAGAUUGCCACCAAAUGUUACAAAUAAAGAGUUAUGGGAAGCUCAAAAAAUUAAACAGGCAAUCAUACACCCAGACACGGGAGAAAAAGUAUUUAUGCCCUUUAGAAUGUCAGGGUUCGUGCCUUUUGGAUCUCCUAUGGUUGUUGGACUGUUACUACCAAAUCAAACCAUAGCCAGCACCAUAUUUUGGCAGUGGAUAAAUCAAAGCCAUAACGCAUGUGUAAACUACGCCAACAGAAAUGCUACCUCACCAACACCAAUAAGUCGGUUUCUUCUAGGAUAUGCAGGGGCAGUAACCACGGCUGUGUCAAUUGCUGUAGGAUUAAAUGUUUUAAUACAGAAGGCAAAUAAAUUUAACCCGGCUACAAAACUUCUCAUUCAGAGAUUUGUCCCCUUUCCAGCAGUAGCUUGCGCCAGCACCUGUAAUUUACUGUUGAUGAGGAAUUCAGAGCUGUCUACGGGUAUAGAGGUACAGGAUCACAAUGGAAAUGUAAUCGGAAAGUCCAAAGUAGCUGCUGAAAAGGCAUUAAUGGAGACUGCUGUCACACGAAUGUUCUUGCCCGCCCCAAUUCUUGUGAUUCCUCCGGUCAUUAUGUCUGUCCUGGAAAAAACGGUGUUAUUCAAAAAAUAUCCUCGUAUAAACCUUCCGAUCCAUGCUGCAGUUGUGACCAUUUGUUUUGGUCUUGCCCUUCCUGUUGCAAUAGCGAUUUUCCCUCAGUAUUCCAAGAUUUCUACCAGUCACUUGGAACCAGAGAUCCAAAAGUUGACAAACGAGACAACACUGAUAUAUAAUAAGGGACUUUGAUGACUCGUUCAGUAACCGUAACAGUAUCUCGGAUAUUCCAACUAUCUGGAAUUUGAUAUCGAUCUCAAAGUACAAUGUACGUGUUAUGUGAAUAUUUAGUAUUUCAAUGUACAUGUAUAUUGGUCAAAAUGGGUGAACUGUAUUUAUAUUCUGAUAUAUUUUUAUAUUAUAUAAGCGUCUUUAGUUGCAAUUGGACUUUUACGAGAAGCACUGACUUCUACAGUUAGCGGUUUACUUGGGCAUUUAAACUAGUUGUAGAAACGGAGGUACAGAACUGAUAAUACAUAAGAAAUCUUUCUAGUGGUUAUAGGUACAGUGUGUAUGAUGUUAGGG